GAAGAUGCCGUGAACCGGCCGGAGCAGAGGGGAUCGCUACGUGGGCUAGCCGGCCCCGGGGCCGCCCUGUCCCCGGCGGGCGAAAGUUAUGGACUCAUCACAUGUGCCAGAAUUUACUCCAAAACACGGAGUCCCUCCAAGGCUUAGAGAUUACUUUACCGGUGACAGCCCUUUUCAAAGACAAGUAGCAUCAGUCAGAAAGCAGACUCCAUUUGGUCAGACACCAUCUAGAAGGAAAAUUCCUCUGUGCUCACCAUUGCAAGAAAACGUUGACCCACAAAAGAUUGCCUUUCUUCUGCAUAAACAGUGGACUUUAUAUACGCUGACUCCCAUGUAUAAGUUCUCCUACACUAAUCUUAAACGGUAUUCUACACUUCUGAAGUGCUUCAUUGCUGCUGAAAAGCAAAAAGGACUGGCUGUGGAAAUGGGAGAGGAUUUUAAUUUCAAAGUGACUUUCUCUACUCUCUCAGGAAUGAAAGGAACACACCGGGACCCUGCAGCAUUUCUUGUACAGAUUGUAUCCAAAUCCCAACUGUCAUCAAAGAAUGCAGAAGACAAAGUGGUAUGGACAGGUUGGUUUUGCUGUGUAUAUGGAGAUAGUCUUCUGGAGAAUGUGCCAGAUGAUUUUACUUGUCUACCUUUGUUCCUUGCAAAUGGGGCAGAGUCUAAUACAGCCUUAAUUGGAACUUGGUUUCAAAAAACCUUUGACUGUUGCUUUACUCGAUUAACAAUUAGUGCAUUCAAUCUUUCCUGGAUGGCUGCUAUGUGGACUUCAUGUAAUCUGGAACAUUAUGGGACUGCUACAGAACUGCUUUGGUCUGUACCCUGUAGCCCUCAGAGUUUGGACAUUUCUUAUGCGAUAAAUCCUGAAGAUGCAAAAGCUUUGUGGGACAGCGUCCACCAAACACCCGAGGAGAUAACGCAGGAGGAAGUUGACCUAUUCAUAGAUUGCCUUUGUUCACAUUUUCACAGACAUUUCAAAAUCAAUUUGUCAGCUACAAGAUUGGUGUGUGUGUCAACAUCUGUAGCUUCUGCACAUACUGAUGGGAAAAUAAAGAUUCUUUGUAGCAAAUAUCUGAUUGGAGUAUUGGCAUUUCUGACAGAACUGGCAAUUUUUCAAAUUGAGUGACAUUAUGUGGACUGCACAUUGUAGAUUGAUUAUAUGCCAUUUUUACCAGGAAGCUGUUUGGCUGAAAUGGGCUAGGCAUGUGAGCUGUGCUGUUGCCUGAAGUGGCCAUAGCUUUUCUCAUCCAUCAUGGUGUCUGAGGAGUGGUCUCGGUGGGGAAGACUAACAAGGAGCCAGAAGAACGGAGAAAGCAGCAGUGGCUGUUACAGGCAGGUGCUGGUUUGUCAGACAAGAUGGCCUUCAAUGCCAGCUUCUAGCACCACUGCAGAUUGCUGAUUUUCAUUGUACAUCACCCUUUUUUGAAGUCCAUUUGAAGUCCUCUUAAAAUUGGUAUGGGACACUAAAACAAGUCUUUCUAAUU